GUGUUAAAUAAUAAAUUUGAAAAAAAUAGUCAAACCAACGUGAUCAAUAUAUGAUAAACAGCUUAUCUAUGCAACAACUUAUUAAUGACUCGGUCAUUGGUAGGUGGUUAAUGGGUAUGACGAAAAUGGAAUAGAUUACUGGUAAAAUUUACUUUCCCCGCCAAUUGAAGAUCUUAGCUAAUAGCCUGAACUGAACUCACUUACGACGACAAUUUGGAAUCAUCCGAAUCAUGGUUGUUCAGCUCUGCAAUCUUAAAUUGAAGGAAUAUAUAACACUUGCACAUUUUAACGCAACAUUAAUGUUAGUCUCUAGUGUUUUAAAUUUAACAUUUUCUGUCGGGGCAACUCUUGGAAAUCUCCUUGUUAUUCGAGCACUGUGGAAAGCGUCAUCCAUAUCCGCUACUUUGAAGAGCUUGUUUCUAAGCCUAGCUGUUUCUGAUCUUGCUGUAGCACUGAUUCCGCAGUUGGUCCUUGGUGCGAACAUCGCGGUGAUUUUACGGAUGGUAGCGAGUGGAAACUACAACUUUGACAUCUUCUGUCCUACAUUUUUGACUAUUUAUCUUUUCUUUAUAUUAUUUCUAGUUACAGCAUCGUACUUAACCGUGACUGCAAUUGCUGUUGAUAGAUUCCUCGCCAUCUCUCUCCAUUUGCGGUAUCAAGAACUCGUCACUUCAAAGCGUGUUAACAUUACCCUAACGUGUUUGUGGCUAACAAGUGCCAUCGCUGCCUCUAUAUUCCUUUCAAUUCCUGAACCGCAUAAUCUCACGGUGGUUGCGGUCAUCGAAUUUUAUGGACUUUUCGUGACAACCGUGGUAUAUGUUCACAUCUACAGAGUUGUCAGACAUCAUCAGAAUCAAAUACUAACCCAAUGUCAGCUGUACAAUGAUCAAGCAAUGGAGGUGUUCAGAGCCAAGAAAUCAGCGAUGAACUCAAUGUUUGUUUAUGUUCUUUUCAUUGCUUGUUAUGUUCCAAACUCGUGUACUACAAUCUUGCUGAUAACUGACAAAUCUAAAUUGUCCUUUAUGGUGGCUAAUCACGUGUCAGUCUUUUUCAUUCUGCUCAAUUCGUCGUUAAAUCCUCUUCUUUACUGCUGGCGAUAUCGCGAAAUUCGACAAAACGUG